CAGACAGAUGACAUGAUUUCAGCAGGACUUCUGUUUUCAUUCAAAAAAGGCAGAGGAAGCCACUGGCCCUGUGUCCCAGUUCCCUGAGCGUCCAUGCCACGCCUUCCGGCCAAGGCUCCAACAGACCUCACCAAAAUGCCAUCUCAAAUGGAACACGCCAUGGAAAUGAUGAUGUUCACAUUUUACCAAUUUGCUGGGGAUAAAGGCUACUUAACAAAGGAGGACCUGAGACUGCUCAUGGUCCCUGGAUUUUUAGAAAACCAAAAAGACCCUCUGGUUCUGGACAAAAUAAUGAAGGAUCUGGACCAGUGUCGAGAUGGCAAAGUAGGCUUCCAGAGCUUCUUUUCACUACUUGCUGGGCUCACCAUCGCAUGCAAUGACUACUUUGUAGUGCACAUGAAGCAGAAGGAAAAGAAGCAGAAGAAGGCAGAAUCAAAGAGUCACUCGCAAGAGCUAUCCCGAAGAGGUGCUUAAAGAAUCUGCCCCACAGCUUCCCCGUGCAUAAGGAUUUCAUGAGCAGACUGGGGCCCUUUAGAAUAUGUACAAAUAAAAUCCAAGUCGCAUUUGACCA